UCUCCUCGCGAGAGACUCCGUUCUCAUGCUCGCUGCGGGGGUCGGAGGUCAGAGCGAGCGUCUCGCGGGCCGUAGGAGGAAGAUGGCGGUGGAGUCGCGCGUUACCCAGGAGGAAAUUAAGAAGGAGCCGGAGAAACCGAUCGAUCGGGAGAAAACGUGCCCGCUGCUGCUGCGUGUUUUCACCACCAAUAACGGCCGCCACCACCGAAUGGACGAGUUUUCCCGCGGAAACGUGCCGUCCAGCGAGCUCCAGAUCUACACUUGGAUGGAUGCAACAUUGAAAGAACUGACUAGUUUAGUAAAAGAAGUCUACCCAGAAGCUAGAAAGAAGGGCACACACUUCAAUUUUGCAAUUGUUUUUACAGAUCCUAAAAGGCCUGGCUAUCGAGUAAAGGAGAUUGGCAGCACCAUGUCUGGGAGGAAGGGGACUGAUGACUCCAUGACCCUGCAGUCACAGAAGUUCCAAAUAGGAGACUAUCUGGACAUAGCAAUCACACCUCCAAAUCGGGCACCACCUCCUUCAGGGCGCAUGAGACCAUAUUAAGUUUUAUUUACUAUUUCUUGAAUUAUUUUUCAAUCAGUUAUGUAAAAUAAAUUCUUUUUCCUUCCCUCA